AGUACGCAUCAGAAUCCCGACUAUGAGAAGCUUUCACACGAGCGAUCGCGUCCACGGUAGAUUCGUAUGGAACGGUCGACAUGACGCAGGCUUCACAGCAGACGAAAUUUCGAUGGACCGAGAAUCUCACCUGCCGGUUCAUUCAGCUGAGAAAGGAAAACGGAAAGCUCUUCACCGGCCGCAAAUAUUCCGCCCAGGCAGGUUGGGAAUACAUCUUGCAACAAAUGCGAGAAGAGUUUCCCACCAUAAUGGCUAACGUGCACUACAGGGUGCUGAAGAAGAAAUGGUCAAACCUGUUGCAGCAAUACAAAGAACUGCGGAACCCGGUGCACGGGGACAGGAACAACGCGGACGACGUCUCCUGGCCGUUCUACACCGCGAUCGACGAGCUACUAGGCGGCGUACACGAUCGCGUCACGCCGAACCACGACGAGUACAUCGAUCCCCACGAAUUCCUUUGCGUAUCGGUGACACCGGAAGAGCCGACUUCCUCGGUGGACGCGCUUCCGUUGCUCUCCUCCAAUCCGGAUAUCGAGGGUCGUCCGACUACCGAUUUCCAGGCUGGAAUGAGGAUCAGAACGUUUGGGGAUGGUGGUUCGGUUCAGAUCGAGAGAGUGCCUUCGGACGAGGCCACCAGGCAACCCGUCAAAAAUCACGGUAGAAGAAAACGCGCGGCAAGGAGCGCAGCAGUCGUCCCACGACUACCACGCGCCACGGGGCUGACGAUAAAAAAAAUCACGUCGGAGGCGGACUGUUCCAACGACUUAUCGAGGGUACGAGGAACCGACCAGGCGGUCGAUUCCACCAGAGAGAAAGGACGAGCGAGCGAGUCGCGUAACGAGGAUGAGGAAAGGCCGAGAAAGUCGAGGCGGACGCAGGCUGCACCGUAUCGCGAGGAUCACGAGUCAUGGACCGAUCGUCGUAUCGAGCAGAUCUUCGAGUACAUUAAGCGACGUGACGAGGAGAACAGAUCCAUCAUGAUCCGAGUGAUGCACGCCGUCGAGAGUAUUGCCAAUAAAUUAUGA